AUGGUGUUGGUGAGCGGUAUUGUUGCAGUUUUCCGAGCGAACGGCACGUCGCCACUGUCUGCAUCGCUGCAGGUUCGAAGCAAUCUGGUGGAUACUCGUGAGCUGCCGAAAGGUACAACCUUCCUGCAUGAGUGCUCGUCAGCGUUGUUUUUUAUCUUCGUUGCAAUUCAAUGGCAUCGACGCGCGCUGUUUCCGAUAUAUUUAAUGGUAACGGCUCCGGGACGCACGUUUAACAAGUACACCAGUUCGGAGCCGCGUCUUAAUCGAGAAACGCGGGUCGUUGCAAAUUCCUUGCAGAGCCAGAACGACACGCAGGAUGUCGCGAAGCCGUCUACGCAAUUCUACCGACUCCUUGACAAGUCCAACUUCAUAUGGAACACGAGCACGUCAAUGAGAGCGUCCAUAGUCUGUCUGGUUGCCAGAGAGGUGGCCCCUGAAAGCCGGCCUUUGCCGUCUCCUGAAUCAGGGACGACGCAAACAAUUGCACACCGGAAACGAAACACGCUAUUCGGAAACGUGGGUUCACCACGGCAAAGCCGCGUUCAGCGUGAUACGCUCGCGUGUGGUUCACCGAAAAACGCGAGGCAUACCCUCGGCGGAACAAACCGCAGGGACCCCUGCCUGCAUCGUCGCGGAAUUUCAAACGCUUCCGAGCAUGCUGGUCUCCGACUGCUUCCUCGGGCGUUCAGCGCUGCCGAUGACGACCAUCAUAACCAGGGUUCACGACUUGGGGCGCCAAACGGAUGUGGGGAUUCUCACGAUGGUGCGGGAAAUCUGUCCGAGGACUCAUCCGCGGACAGGUGCUGCUCUAAGAGCGGCAGACGUUCGUGGAGAACCAUUGCAAGAUCUGUAUUUUCCAGGACUCGCUCUCGUGCUGCUGUCUCAAGGUGUUGCAGCACUCGUUCAAGGUCCUCAACGAGCGAUUCCGUGCUUUCGAGUUCUUUCCAUUCGCGCUCACUGAGCGCGCCACUUGUAUGCAAAUCUGCAAUGGCUUGUCUUAUAGAGUCAGACGAGGGUUUCGAGGCGCGCUUUCGCCAAACUGUUUCGGACGCCUCCAGUUUCCGUUGGACCGGUGUCGCAAGUUGUUGCUCGUCGUCCGACGCUCUAGUCCUCGGUCUGCGACCUGUACUCAGCCGCUGUGCAGAUACAGGUUUGGGCGGCUGCAACGCGUCACCUGGUGCUACCUGUGAAUCCGUUUCUGCGAUUGAGACUAGACUGGUAAUCCGGGGAGUUUCUGGCGGACUUUGA